AUGGCCAGCCAAUGGGUUUCUACCAAUCUGGAAGAGGAAGUGACCUGCCCCAUCUGCCUGGACAUUCUGAAGGACCCUGUCACCAUUGAGUGCGGGCACAACUUCUGCCAUUUUUGCAUCACUCAGCUUCAGGAAGCUUCUAGGUAUCACAUCAAAUGUCCCCUCUGCAAAAGUUCUAUGAAAAGGGACACAUAUGCACCCAACUGGCUGUUGACAAAUCUGAUACAGAAAAUUCGAGCUAUGGAUCCCUCUGAGAGGCAGCUGAAAGAAAAGGAGCUGAGAUGUCCAAAGCAUGGGGAGAAGCUGCACUAUGUCUGUGAAGCAGAUGGGGAAUUCCUCUGUGUGGUGUGUCAUGACUCAAAGGACCACAAAUUACAUGAAUCCAGACUGAUAGAAGAAGCUGUCGAGCAUCACCAGGAGCAGAUCCAGUUGCAUGUGGGGAUCUUGGAGCAAAAGGAGCAGGAACUUGUACACAUGAAGGCUCAAGUUGACAAGAAGAUCAGCCACUUCAUGGCCCAGGUGAAUAUUGAGAAGCAACGGAUCCACACAGAAUUCAAGCACCUGCAGCAGGUACUGGACGAGAAUAAGAACUUCCUCCUGUCCAACAUCGAGCAUCAGGCUCAACAUGGUGUCAAGGAGUGUGAGCAGUAUAACGCUGACACCCAGGCGCAGCUCAGCUUGCUAAGGGAUCUCAUGGAUACUCUGAAGGCCAAGCAGCAGAUGCCACCCAGACAGCUGCUGCAGGACAUCAGAGGCACCUUGAAAAGGAGUGAAGAGUUUCAGGUUCAGUUUCACAGCAAAACCCCAAUUCCUCUGGGCCUGGAUCAACAACUCAAUGAAGCAAAGUCCAGACAUGACUCCGUGAUUGAGAGCCUGAGGAAGUGUGAAGAGCAGCUCCAGGCUGACAGGAAGAAACACCAAGGCAAAAUCCUCCAAGACAUGAAUGCAACCCACAGGCAGAGUGCCCCUGUGACCUUCGACGUGGCCUCAGCUCACCCUGGACUCAGCCUUUCCUGGGAUCUGAAAACGGUGACAGCAGCUGUGAUCUCUCAGAACCACUCGAUAUUUCCAGUAAAGCAGCAGUCCUUCUACCCAUCUCGUUGCAUUCUGGGAUCUCCAGGCUUCUCCACUGGCCGACACACCUGGGAGGUGGAGCUCAGUGGGCUCAAGGGGGACGGGGCUGGUGUCGUGGGUGUGGCUUGGGAAAAAGUGCCAAGGCAGGGCAGCUUGACCCUGGAGCCCGCGAGUGGCUUCUGGGUGCUGCAAAUCGUCAGCAACUUAGAGUGCCAGGCAAUCACUGGGAAAGAUUCACGGGAGAACCUCCCAGUCUGCUCCAGCAGAGUGGGUGUCUACGUGGAUUUUGAGGGCAAGGAGGUCACCUUCUAUGACGCGACCACCAAGAACCACAUCUACACUUUCCACACCUCCUUCCCGGGAAAGAUUUUUCCAUUUUUCAAGCUGCUGUUCUCUGGCACCCAGAUCACCCUGAGCCCCUAG